UUAAAAAGCAAGGACUGUACCACCAUCUUUUAUGAUGUUACUUCAAAUCACAGAGGUCCAUUUUUCUUCAGGAUUGAUGAUGAUGGACUGAAAUGGACCUAUACAAAAAAAUCUGCUUUAAUAGAUGUGAUCAACUCUCCCCGCAAUCCCACAUUGCAGAUGUUUAAGGAUGCGAUGGAGGUUCAGGUUCAGGAGGAGGUGUUAGAGGGGAGCUCUAUGUGUCUGCGCUGCUCUACUAAGACUCUCUGCUCCUCUUCUCCACCAACUCUCACAUGGAGCUCCACUGACAGACUCCACCUCAAUGAGAGCAGCAGACUACAGCUGGAUCAACAGAAACAAACUGAGAUCAUCUCUGAUCUGAACUUCACUGCUACUCACCUUCAACAUGGAGUCACUUUCAUCUGCACUAUAACCUACCAGCUACAGCAGAGGAACAUAACAGCACAGAGCAACAUCACAUUACGUGUUCUGUAUGCUCCUAAAAACACAUCAUUGUCUGUGUUUCCAUCUAACUCUGUACUGGAGGGCAGUUCAGUGACUUUGAUCUGCAGCAGUGAUGGAAAUCCAGCAGUGUUCAACUACACCUGGUACAGAGAGAAUGGGGGACAGCUGGAGGAGCUGCAGACUGGAUAUAAUCUCACCUUAAAUGUGACUAAUCGUACACACACAGGACGCUACUACUGUACAGCCAGAAACCAACAUGGCACCCAAAAUACAUCAAUGUUUUUGGACGUUCAGUAUUCGCCUAAAAACACAUCAGUGUCUGUGUUUCCAUCUAACUCUGAACUGGAGGGCAGUUCAGUGACUUUGAUCUGCAGCAGUGAUGGAAAUCCAGCAGUGUUCAACUACACCUGGUACAGAGAGAAUGGAGGACAGCUGGAGGAGUUGCAGACUGGAUCUAAUCUCACCUUCAAUGUGACUGAUCGUACACACACAGGACGCUACUACUGUCAAGCCCAAAACCAACAUGGUACCCAAAACACAUCAGUGUUGCUGGACAUUCAGUAUGCUCCCCAAAUCUUUGAUUUUUUCAGCUGUACUCAUGGGGAUGUUAAAGUUUUUACCUGUGAGGUUCACGGGAAUCCCUCUCCUAAAGUGGAGUGGUUUCUAUCAGGACGUCCUGUCAGUAACUCUACAAACACAUUCAUCAGUGAGAAGCGAUUGAGCAGCACAGACUUGAGGAGCUUCAUUUCUCUCCAUCAGUCACUUACACACACAGACACUCUGCAGUGUGUCAUCAUCAACACUCACGGCAAAACCAGUAUAGAGUUUCAUCUCUUUCAAGAGACUGCAUGGUUCAAUAAUAACUCCUUGCUGGUUGGACUUGCUGUUGGGGCUUUAGUUACGGCGCUCUUAUGCCUCACAAUAUACAUGUACAAUAGAUGGAUCUGCUGGACCAGACGAGAAGAUACAACUGGACUCAUUCUGGACGAUAAGGCUAUUCAACAGGAGAAUGACGAACCAGUUUAUGGCAAUAAAGUUAUGCAGUCACCUGCUAGAGACACUACACUGGAUUACCCAGAAUCCCUCCAAUAUUCGACCAUUGUCUUCAAAAACAAAUCAACAGCAUCAGGGGAGAACAGUGGUGCCUCCUCACUUGUCACAGACUAUGCUGUGAUAAAACAUGGUGGUGUCCUGGGUGCAGAUGCAGAUAUUAAGCACGUUGAAUCAAAGAGCAGAAAUAAAUCAGCACCAGACAAUGAUGACCUCUAUGCAAAAAUACAACAUCGCCACUCAUAGUUACUAGUAGGUAUUAGUUCGCUUACAUUUCUAUAAUACACAGAUUAUAAUGGAUUAUACAGUUUAAAAGGUGUCUAAAUAUGGUUUGUGUUUAUAAAAGUAAAUCUAUACUCAUUUUCUUUUUAUAAAACAGUAUUCAACAGUGUAUCGACUGCUUUAUGUUUUAAAACCUAGAGGCUUAUUUUGCUUUCAUCUAUGAUUACAUUUUCAAUACAUUUUAUAUGUGUAAUCAUAGAUAACUUUUUUGACAUUUAUUGUUUACAUAUUUAUUGUAUAUAUUUGUAUAUUUACUGUACACAUAUUUAAUCUUAAGUGAUACUGGUACUGUGCAAAAGUCUUAGAAAACCAUGCCAGAAUUAGAUUUUUGUUUUUGCAAUGUUAUAGUGAUCAUAUAUAAUUGUGUCUCAGUCUCUUUAC